CACACACACUUUCCCGCAGAUACAGCUAAUUCCUCACAAUUCUCGAGACAUCUAUCUAUUCUAUACUCACAAUUAAUCAAAUCACAUUUCUAAAUUCCUUUCUUUCGAAGAUUUUGCAGAUCUGUUGAUUGAGCAUUAGCUUUAGCAUUUUUGUAGAACCUCAAUAAUCAUGGUGUCCACGUCGAAGAUCAAAUCCGUUGAUUUUUACAGGAAAAUCCCCCGAGAUUUGACGGAGGCAUCAUUAUCUGGUGCUGGAUUGUCCAUCAUAGCAGCACUGUCCAUGAUGUUUCUCUUUGGAAUGGAACUGAAUAAUUAUUUGACAUUGAGCACCACCACAUCCGUUGUUGUUGAUAAGAGUUCUGACGCUGAAUUCUUACGAAUUGAUUUUAAUAUGAGUUUCCCGGCACUGUCUUGUGAAUUUGCAUCAGUGGAUGUGAGUGACGUCUUAGGAACAAAUAGGCUGAACAUAACCAAAACAGUACGCAAGCAUUCCAUUGAUAAACACAUGAGGCCUACUGGCUCUGAGUUUCAUUCGGGAUCAACUGCAACAGAACUCAAACAUGAUGAGGAAGAUGAUGAGGAAUAUGGUGAAGGGUCUGUUUCCCUAAAUGGACACAGUUUUGAUAGAGUUACUCACCACUACCCAAUUUUGGUUGUAAAUUUCUUUGCUCCUUGGUGCUAUUGGAGCAACCGACUGAAACCUUCAUGGGAGAAAGCAGCCAAUAUUAUAAGAGAGAGAUACGACCGAGAAACGGAUGGGCGUAUUCUUGUGGCAAAAGUUGAUUGCACUGAAGAAGUUGAUUUGUGCAGAAGGAAUCACAUACAAGGGUAUCCCUCCAUUCGCAUCUUCAGAAAAGGAUCCGAUGUUAGAGACGAUCAUGGACACCAUGAUCAUGAGUCAUACUAUGGAGAUCGUGAUACAGAUAGCCUAGUCAAGAUGAUGGAAGAUUUGGUUGCACCUAUCAAGUUGGAGUCUCAAAUGAUUACUUCGGAUAAUUCAUCUACCAAGCUGGCAACUGGCAUAAAAAGACCUGCUCCGGUAACUGGAGGAUGCAGAAUAGAAGGUUUUGUACGUGUUAAGAAGAUUCCUGGCAACCUUGUCAUAUCAGCUCGUUCAGCAGCUCAUUCAUUUGAUGCUUCUCAGAUGAACAUGUCACAUGUAAUUCACGGCUUUGCGUUUGGUAAGAUAAUAACUCCGAAGGUUAUGAGUGAUAUCAAAAGACUGCUACCACAUUUGGGUCAAAGCCAUGAUCGGUUGAAUGGAAAGUCAUAUGUUACUAAUCCAAGAGAUUCCACAGAAAAUGUUACUAUUGAACAUUUUCUUCAAGUGGUUAAAACAGAGGUGAUGACAAGAUCUUACAAAUUAGUUGAGGAGUACGAGUACACAGCGCAUAGUAGUUUGGUUCAUAGUCUCCAUAUACCAGUAGCAAAAUUUCACUAUGAGCCAUCACCAAUGCAGGUCUUGAUUACAGAAAAUUCCAAGUCCUUUUCGCACUUUAUUACCAAUGUCUGUGCUAUUAUUGGUGGUGUUUUUACGGUCGCCGGCAUACUGGACUCGAUUCUGCACAACACGAUGAGAAUGGUGAAGAAAGUUGAGCUAGGAAAGAAUUUUUGAGGACAUUGUACACUGAUGAUAGAAAUUUAUUUAUGCCAUAUAUUUAAGCUGGAUAUACGCUUGAAAAUUAUACUAUAUAGAUAUUCUCUUUGUUUGCAGUGUGUUGAAAACAUUUUGCUUGCAGCAGGAGUUCUGGUGAUCAGCAUUACGUGAUAUGUCCAGUUAAAUGUGUAGAAUGAGGUUUUGUUGUAGGUUCAUAUAUCAAUAAGUGCAUCAGAUUCCUUAAACAAGGAAACUAGUAUUUGUGGAUGAUUGAAUCAAGGUGGAAGAUCUGUAAAGCUGUUCUAAUAAGGGGAACUCUAUUCUAUAUCCGCACAAAAUAAACAGAAGAAUAUUUAUUUC